AGCAUGGCAGCUCAAAGCUCGCGCGCCGAAGAGAACGCGGCCGUAUGUGCUGCCAUCCUCGCCGCCGAAGACCACUACGACGUUCUACAAGUUCCGGGCGGUGCCAAGACCGACGAAAUCCGCAGGAACUAUUUACGAAUAUCGGUACGCGUCCACCCGGACCGUAACCAGGACCCCAACGCGACGCAAGCCUUCCAGAAGGUCUCCGAGGCCUACGCCGUCUUGAGCGACGAGGAGGCGCGGCGCAAGUACGACGCCGAGCAAUUCAUGAGCUCCGCCUCGAACGCGGCGUCGAACGCGGCGGGAGCGGCCUCCGCCGGCGCCGCCGCGGCCGCCGCGACGGCGCGGCGCGCGUCGGUGCACCUCGACCUCGACCAGGCGCUGCGCGUCUUUCGGGCCGCGACGGCCGCCGCGCGCGCCGCGACGGCCGAGGGCGCCGGCGUGCCCGAAUACCUCGCGCUGGCGGCGGCGUUGACACGCCUGGGCCCCGGCGACGACGACGGCGAGACCGCGGCGAUGCUCGCCGGUGGUCUCGGGCUCGCGGCCACUGCCGCAGCGCUCCUCCCGGAGAGCUGGCGUCGGCGGGCGCGGGAGACGCUGACGAGCGAGGCCGGCAUCGCCGCCGUCGGCACGGCUGCCGUCGCCGGGCUCGCACUCAUGGCCGCGGCGCAGCAGUCCCGCGCGGAGGAGAGGAGUGAUUUGUAGAGUAAGUGUUUUGGAGCGAAGCGAACUUGAAGCGAG